GUCGCCGCACUUCCGAUCGAGGAGCUCCCCUCAUUAACUUGGACACGAAGCACAAAUUUUCAUUCCUGCAUUGAAGUCUUGAUCUACUCGCUACCACUCUUGCGCGACUUCAAGCAGAGCAGACUUGGGACAUUUAUCUUCGACCGUUUCAAAACAUCGAUUGUCUUGUUCAGCAAGCUCGAACAUGGACCCCUCCAAGCCAGCCGUGGCUCCCUCUACUCUCCAAGAAGCCAAAUACAUUGAAUUUCCAGCUCUCCCAGCGGAUGCAAAGCAUGAGGAUGGCACUCCUGUGCUAAACAGAUGGUCUUCGACUAUCACAAAAGGUCAUGACUUCCCUGGUGCCAAGGCAAUGCUUUAUGCGGCAGGCAUCCCUGACAACAAUGCCAUGACGAAAAGCCCCCAGGUCGGAGUCGCGUCUGUAUGGUGGGAAGGCAACCCGUGCAACAUGCAUCUUUUGGACUUGGGCAAGACGGUAAAGAAGGCAAUCACAGACCAGGGCAUGAUCGGAUGGCAGUACAACACAGUAGGAGUGUCAGACGCAAUUACCAUGGGCAGUGAGGGCAUGAGAUUUUCUCUCCAGACCCGCGAAUUGAUCGCCGACAGCGUCGAGACCGUCACAUGCGCUCAGUAUCAUGAUGCCUGCAUUGCCAUUCCCGGAUGUGACAAGAACAUGCCUGGUGUAGUAAUGGGUAUGGCCAGACACAACCGCCCUUCGAUCAUGAUCUACGGUGGCACCAUCCAGAUUGGAUAUUCCAAUCUUCUUAGGAAGCCCAUUAACGUUUCUUCUUGUUUCGAGGCUGCCGGUGCUUAUGUAUAUGACACCCUGCGUCAACCAGACGAUGGUGGUGACACUAGCAAGACCAAAGACGAAAUCAUGGAUGAUCUAGAAAGACAUGCCUGUCCCACCGCGGGCGCGUGUGGAGGCAUGUUCACAGCCAACACGAUGGCCACGGCCAUUGAAUCUAUGGGUCUUUCCCUACCUGGCUCUUCCUCUACGCCUGCUUCUUCCCCUUCAAAAAUGCGGGAAUGCGUCAAGGCAGCAGAAGCUAUCAAGAUAUGCAUGGAAAGGGACAUUCGCCCAAGGGAUUUGCUGACAAAACGCUCCUUUGAAAAUGCUCUUGUCAUGACGAUGGCUCUGGGAGGCAGUACCAACGGUGUCCUCCAUUUCCUUGCGAUGGCUCGAACAGCCGGUGUUGAUUUGACCCUGGAUGAUAUCCAGAGGGUCAGCGACAAGAUCCCCUUCAUCGCUGACCUUGCCCCCAGUGGAAAAUACUAUAUGGCAGACUUGUAUGACAUCGGAGGCAUUCCGUCCGUUCAGAAGCUACUGAUCGCAGCUGGCCUGCUCGAUGGUGAUAUUCCCACUGUGACUGGCAAGACUUUGGCUGAAAAUGUGGCAUCUUUCCCUUCCUUGCCGGAAGACCAGGUUAUCAUUCGGCCUCUCAGCAAUCCUAUUAAAUCCACGGGACACCUUCAGAUUCUUCGGGGCAAUCUUGCCCCGGGAGGUGCUGUGGCCAAGAUCACUGGCAAGGAGGGGACUCGCUUCGUCGGCAAGGCUCGGGUGUUUGACAAGGAGCAUUCACUCAAUGAGGCCCUGGACCAAGGUAAAAUCCCUCGCGGCGAAAACCUUGUCAUUGUGGUUCGUUACGAAGGUCCCAAGGGUGGGCCAGGAAUGCCGGAGCAGCUCAAGGCCAGUGCUGCUCUUAUGGGAGCCAAACUCACCAACGUGGCCUUGAUUACGGAUGGUCGGUACUCUGGAGCCAGUCACGGGUUUAUUGUAGGUCAUAUCGUUCCUGAAGCCGCUGCUGGGGGGCCGAUCGCCGUGGUCCGGGACGGCGAUGUCAUCACUAUUAAUGCAGAGACAAACGAGAUCAGCAUGGAUGUUUCUGACGAGGAACUUCAGCAACGACUGAAAGAGUGGAAGGCGCCGGCUCCUAACGUCACACGGGGUGUUUUGGCCAAGUACGCCCGACUUGUUGGAGAUGCUUCCCACGGAGCGAUGACGGACCUUUUUUAAAACCUUGAACGGAUCCAAGUGAAUCUAUGUUCUAUUCUUAUUGUAUACACUAAUCCAACUCAAAUGAUCAUGGAGACAGAGAAAGGUAUAAGAC